UGGCUUUAAAUUGUCCAUCUGCAUAUACCUAUAAAAGAUUUUUUCCAAAAAAUUAAGUAGUUUGCCCCAUACAUAAGUCGUAUAUGGGAACAAGUACACCAUAAUAUACAAUAAAGUGUCGUAUAUGCGAAUAACCCUACGUAUCGUCGUGUACGAUGUUUGAAAAUACGCGCCACUCGACGCGAACGCGGCCUUGUCACAGUAAGCGUCAUUUAAAGUAACUCGUCUACAAAGACGUGUCGAAGCGUGAUCGUGUGGUCAAAUUAUUGUUGUUUUGAUACAGUUUUUAGAUUACUGAGUGUGUUAUUUAGUUAUAGAUAUCCAUAUAUCACCUACAAUCGUACUGGAAAAUAUGAAUAACAAUAGAUCAAAGCUACUAGUGGAUAUUGCAAACUCCAGAAAUAAUGUUGUAUGUGUUUCUGAAGCCCAAGAUUUAAUUAAUUAUAUGGAUGAAGUUAAUGAAGAGACACGAAUAUGCACAGAAAAAGAUAUUUCGAUGGAUUUAGAGGAUCGACCACCGGAAGUUCCUAAAAGUCCGACUUUCGGAGUUUCUAACGACGAAACACAAGCUGCCGGAACUCACAGUGAUGGAGAACAGAACCAGAUAUCGGCUAAUAUACUAUCGCAAAGUGAUUUAAACUAUAUUAUUGAUACGGUAGGGGAAAUUUCGAAUGAUGGGAUUGAAAAUUACUGUCUUAGUACAUCUAUAUUUUGUGAAAAUGAAACACCACAACCAGUAGCUGUAAACGAUAUUAUUGAAGAACCUUUAACACCAAUACCAAGUCCAUGCCUGAGCUUUGGGGAGUCUGUUCAUGAUUGUAACGAUUUAAUAGAAAGUAGUGGUAUUCUAUCUGAUACAACUUUUAGAUCAAGUCCGUUAGGGUCUAGUGAAAUGUCUGGUUCAUCAACACCACAGCAUCGAAAAAAGAAGCGUCAAUUUGUAAAAAAAGCUAUAAAAAAGAAUAGAAUUACUAACAAGUCAAACUGGUUAGAUGAAAAAAGGAAGGUUCUUGUGAAUUUAGGUGAAGCUCACAUAUCUCGAUCCGGGAAACAUCAAAUGGCUAAACAAAUAAAAGGCCCAUGUCCAUCUUCUUGUCGAUUAAAAUGUUAUGAAAAAUUUGACGAGGUAACUCGUCGAAAUAUUUUCAAAACCUUUUGGAAUCUGGGUGAUCAUUCUCAGCAGUGGUCUUUUAUUGCAUCACAUGUGAAAGAAAUACGAAAAAAACAAUGGACACAGGAUUCCAAGAGGUUAAAUGUUUAUAAGUUUUUCUUGCCUCUUUCAUCUGAUGUUGACCACAAAAAGAAGAUAAUGGUAUGCAAGACCAUGUUUAAAAAUACUUUUUCUGUAAGUAAUACUUUUAUACAAUCUGCCAUUGAUAAAUAUGAUAAAGAUACGGGUAUUUGUACUAAAGACAUGAGAGGUUUUCAUUCAAAUCAUCCAACUAUUAUAAAUUCAGCAAUGAAAGCAAAUGUAACAGCACAUGUUAAUAGUUUAGCACCUGUAGAAAGUCGUUAUACGCGUAAAGACUCAAACAAACAGUAUUUAGAUAGUGAAUUGACUUUUAAAAAAAUGUAUGACCUGUAUACUGUAUGGUGUAAGGAGCAGAAUAUAACUGAAAAUAUAGCUGCUUCUGUAAGACAAUACAAAGAUAUUGUUAACAAUGAACUGAAUAUAGCAUUCCAUGUGCCUAAAAAAGACCAAUGUGACCUUUGUCAUGCAAUGAAAAACAACACCUCACCCACUAGUGAUGAUAAAGUAAAGCAUAAGUUUCACAUGGAUAACAAAAAGCUUGCCAGAGAAUUGAAAAACGUUGACAAAAUUGAAGCUCAAUCGAAUCCAUCUGUUAUUUGUACUGCAAUGUUUGACUUCCAAAAAAUAAAUAAUACGCCACAUGGUGAAAUCAGUGUGUUGUAUUAUAAAAGGAAAUUAUCAGUGUAUAAUUUUACUGUUUUUGAUGCUGGGUCUAAGGAAGCUACGUGUUACAUGUAGGAUGAAACGGUUGCGAAACGUGGC